AUGGCCGCCUUCGUGCGAGUGUCGGGGCCUGCAAAUGGCAACUUUCUGAUCGGAUACCCUGGGAUAUCUGCGACUAUGCCCCGUAUAGAAGGUAAAGUCGAGAUUAGACCCAGCGUCGGCAUCACGGCCCCCGUCAACGUAUCCCUCGUCACUGUAUCUCUCGUUCGUCGCGAAACAAUUCACCCAUCAGCAGACUUGGUAGUGGGUAGACGUCUAGCGCCCCCGAGGAAAGAAAUUACCGAUAUUGUUGGAAAGGAAAUGCUUCUAUUCCGUUGUCCGGCCGGUCGAGAAUUCGAGGAGGUCCUGUCAAUGGAUUUACCGUUCGUUUUAUUCAUUCCUUUUGGGCGAGGCGGACCAGAUGCGUCUAGACGCGUUCCUCCUGCUAGCUUGCAGCUCCCCAGUCGUAUUGCCGAGACGUUUUAUGAGAUUGUUGUGAUGGUGCAGCAAGGCCACUCGGACCAGAGAAAGUACUCGUUCCCGGUUCCUAUUUCACGGUAUGACACGCUGUCGACAUUUGGAAUGUAUAAUCGCCCGGAGUCUGCCGAAAAUGUAUCAGAUCACUUGGUGACAUUGGGUAUCUCUUUGCCGCGAUGGUCAUACGGUCCUCUCGACCCCGUGAGCGUCUACGUUAAAUUAUCUCCGAAUCCCGACUGGAUCAGCAAAGCCAGAAAAGUUACAAUAAACAAAAUUACCAUCGGGAUCGACGAGGAAAUCAUUUACAACCACGAAGGCGACGAGCCCCAACGAAAGGUCAAAACUUUAACAAAACGGACAGAACCGAUUGGCGUAAAGAUGCCCCCGACGGGUUUCCUAACCAAUAUGGGUCUGGUGUUCCCAGCGAAGGAUAUGCGCGAUGGAGAGGGGGUUCUCCCUAGAGGUAAACCGGGAUUUCCCACAUAUGCCGUUAGCGGGUUCACCACCACAGCAAGCCUCUAUAAAAUCGAGUACUACCUAACAGUAAAGGCUCACCUAGCAUCAGCGCGAGAUAUUGUGAUACGCCAACCGAUUGUUGUUUGUCCACUUGACCACGCUGGCUGCAAAGAAGAGAUGGAAGCUAUCGAACAGGCAGCUCGAGAGGCCGCUCACAUCAACCCCGACAACCCAUUAUUACCGCUUCCUUCGAUAGUUCGACCGUCAGAUCCCAACGGCCUUCGUCAUCUCGGGGUAGCCGUCGUCGGCAACCAAAAGAAGCCUUUAAUAGACUAA